CUGUGGAGAGAAAAAUGGAGUGAACUGCUUGUUCCAAGUUAAAACUAAAUUUUUUGUUUUAUUGUAGCCAAUGACAAUGAUUUCUAAAACAGCUCUUGGAAUAGCGGCUGGUAUUUUCGGAACCCUUUUCGUCGGGUAUUGCGUAUAUUUUGAUCAGCAGAGGAGAAAAGACCCAAAUUUCAAAAAGAAACUUCGUGAAAGAAGAAAAGCAAAUAAGCUAAAAUGCCAAAGCAAAGCACAAUCCAAACUUCCUGAUUUGAGGGACCAUGAAGAAGCCCAAGCUUUCUUUUUGCAUGAAGUUCAGUUAGGUGAAGAACUUCUUGGUCAGGGCGAUGUUGAAGGAGGUGUCGAGCAUCUUGGUAAUGCUGUUGCUGUGUGUGGAAGGCCUAAUCAACUUUUGAAAGUUCUUCAGCAAACAUUACCUCCUAACGUCUUCUAUAUGUUACUCCAGAGGCUUCCAAGUCUGAGUCAGAGAUUACUAGAACAACCGUGUGGAGGAGGGGGUCCUGUUAUGGUUGAAGAUGAGGUUGAAUAAUGAACUCUUAUGUAUAGCUGAAAUAUUUAUUGUUAAAAGUGACUUCUACUUUUUUUUUGUCUUUAUUAUUCUAAAUAAAUACUUUGUAGCAAUAAGAUUUUUUCUUUUAAGUUACUUGUACUUUUAUAAAUAUUUUUUUAUUUAAAUGCAAGAUUGACUUUCAAUCCUGAAAACUGAUUUUUGCAAUUUAGAAUUUAGUUUUAUUCUUGGCUUGUAUUUGUUUUCUUUCAGCCAAAUGGGAAGCAAUGACUUCUGUUUUGUUAAACUGUAAUGUAUGUUUUCUAUAGAGGCGGCAUGUUAAUAUAAGGUCAUGAGGAAAGCACGAACAUGGUGCCUAAAUAUAAACAUAGAGUGCUCCUAUUUCUUAAUUUUACAUUAGUCCAAUUGUUGUAUAGAAAAGGAAAUUGUACUAUGUUAUAAUUUUCAAUAAAAUUAUUU